GCAUUGUGUUUCUUAAUUUUUUAAUAUUUUUUUAUUUUAAAAGUCUCAAGAAAAGAAGUCAAAAUGGUUAAAUUAAUUCUUUAUAUGCAUCCCGCCUCUGCUCCCUCGAGAGCUGUUAUCUUUGUGGCCAAAUAUAUUGGAGUGGGAUUGGAAUAUAAAAUUGUUGAUUUUCUCAAGCGUGAUACUCUAAAGCCUGACUUCCUCAAAAUGAAUCCCCUGCACACCUUACCCACUCUCAUCGAUGGCAGUGCUGUGAUCUAUGAUUCCCAUGCCAUUUGUUCUUAUCUUGUGGAGAAAUAUGCCCCAAACGAUGAUAAAUUAUAUCCCAAGGAUUUGAUCAAACGUGCCUUUGUUGAUGCCAUUUUGCAUUUCGAUUCGUGUGACUUAUUCUCCCCUAUGCGUUCCAUGUAUGCUCCCAUUUUUUACCAUGGUUUCCACGAACUGCGUAAGGAGACUAUUGCUGCCAUACAGCACACCUGGUUGACCAUGGAACGUUUGUUAGAGAAUCAUCAUUUUCUGUGCGGUGAUGACAUGACCAUUGCGGAUAUAUGCUGUAUUGCUACCACAACCGCUGUGUUGGCCUUUGCCCCAAUCGAUGAAAAGGCAUGCCCAAAAUUAUUAGCAUGGGUAAAACGCAUGCGUGCCAUGCCCUUUUAUAGUGAAGAUGGUGCUGAGGGUGUGAAAAAAAUUGUUUUGGAGAAAAUUAUGGAAAACUGCAAAGCUUGAAGAAAAAACAUUUUAAACAAUAAAUAGUAUGUUUUGGCUGAAAAGGCUUUAAAAUAAAAGUGCCAAUAAUAAAUGAAAUGUG